UUUUUUUUUUGCCCUUUUCACUCUAUUUAUUUGACCUUUUGACCCCCAGUUUUCUUCCAUUGUCGUCUGCUAUCUCUCUCUCUCUCUCUUUCGGGCUUCACUUUACCUUUUGCCUUCCAAAAGAUUAACCUUUUUUCGUCAUCCUCUCUCUCUCUCUCGUCCUUGUUCUUCUCCUUCUCCGUCCUCUGAAACAUUCACAUCCAUGGGAGAUUUGGGAGAUAUGCCCAGAAGCUGUUCGAGCCUGGAGUUGACCAUAUCUGUUCCGGGCUUCUCUUCCUCUCCUCCUCUUCCUUCAUCUGUGAGGGACUUGGACAUAAACCAGGUGCCGUCAGGGGGCGAGGAGGAGUGGAUGACAAUGAGCGGAGGGAUGGAGGACGAGGAAGAGAGCAGCCACGGUGGCCCUCCUCGCAAGAAGCUCCGCCUCACCAAGGAGCAGUCUCGCCUCCUCGAAGAGAGCUUCCGGCAAAACCACACUCUUAACCCCAAGCAAAAGGAGGCUCUGGCAAUGCAACUGAAGCUCCGGCCACGCCAGGUCGAAGUGUGGUUCCAAAACCGUAGGGCCAGGAGCAAGUUGAAGCAAACGGAGAUGGAGUGCGAGUACCUAAAGAGGUGGUUCGGAUCGCUGACGGAGCAGAACCGGCGGCUGCAAAGGGAGGUCGAGGAGCUCCGCGCCCUCAAAGUGGGCCCGCCCACCGUCAUCUCCCCCCACACCUGCCAGCCCCUCCCGGCCUCCACCCUCACCAUGUGCCCUCGCUGCGAGCGCGUCACCUCCACCUCCGCCCCCAACGCCGGCACCUCCUCCCCUUCCGCCGCCACUGCGGUGCCGUCCAAAGCGUCGCAACCGUCGGCGCCCGCGCUUCAGUCGAGGCAGCCAUCGGCGGCUUGCUAGCACAGAGGGUGGAAAGCCAUAUAUAGCAAUUUUUACAUUAUUGCAUAGAGCUGUGGAUAGUUAGGUUUUCGGGGGACAUAAUUUAACCGAUUCGCUCUUGCUUGGGUUGGGGAUGGGCUUAACAAAUGUUUUAAGACAUCGUUGAUUAAGCUUGGAGAGAGGGAGAGAUGCUGAUGGAAGUUGGAACUCAUCAAAUCAUAUAUGACAUAUAUGUUUAGCGAAAUUUUGGAGGAGGAACAUGAUAAUCUGCUAACCUUUGACUAUGAAUAAUUUACAUGCCAGGUUUGAUUUUU